CCUGCUUGUUUUUGCCUGCUUGUUUUUUGCCUGCUUGUUUUCUACCUGCUUGUUCUUUAACUGCUUGUUCUCAACCUGCUUGUUCUCAACCCGCCCUUGUUUUCUAAAGGUACCAUGGUGCCCGCUCGCUGAGUGCCCGAGGACCUGUUAUUACACUUACUGUUUGCUCCUUCUCUUGCGGUUCAUGCGCUGACGGUUCCUUCUUUCCGGCCCUCCGUGAAGUUUCACAGGCCCUCACCCCCCAUCGACAGCUUAGUCGCGAUGAGUGCUGCGAGCGCUGCCGCCAAGGGCGGCUGUGAUGAUAUCGCCGGGACAGCGGGCCCCUUAAUCGUUUCUCUGACUCUCCACCGGGCGCGGCACAUUCGGAUCCUGCAGGUUCCCCCAGCUUUGCCCAGAACGAUUGCAAAGCGUGCGCCGACACCCCUGGUACGUAGAAAUAGCAUACGAUGCGUCCCAAAAUCUCAAAUCGGAAUCUUCAAUCCGCUCAACAUGAAUCCACGCGGUUUGAGCACCUCCAAGAGCACGCUGCUCGCAGGGGCUGCCGAGCCCUUCUACAUCUGUUCGCAGAAACACGAGAUUACUGACGCCGUGAUCAAUAAGCAGAUUGAGAUCACUCCCGCCGCCAUGGAGUCUCUGAAGGCGGACACUGAGGCGGUGCUGCUUCCCCAGAGCAGCACCGCUUCAAAGGUCUCGCAGUUCAUGCGCGGGAACGGUCUGCUCCGCAAAGUGUCCAGCGCCUUCGCUGGCCGGAUGCGUUCCAAGAGCCACACGAAAGACCUUCCGGAGCACCCCGGCUAUCAACUCCCCGCGCUUGCACCUCUUAGUCUGCCCGAGCAAAAGAGCCGGGUUUGUGACGUUGAUCUCCGGAUCAACGAAAGCCUCAAUUUGAGAAAGGACAAGGUCCACAGGGUGCUCGGCGGAAUGGACCCGCGCAGCGGCCCCUCAGACAUCUGUUUCUCCGGAGACCCCUUUGUAGGCCUCUCCGAUGCGACAAAGCCGCCGACUGAGUUCGAGCGCCGGCUCCGCUCCCUCUCACAGGGAAGCUCCGUUCUCAAACCACUCGACGAAGACCCUUUUGACUCUGAGAGCGUCUUUCGGAGCGAUCUCGAUUCACUUCUCCCGACUCCUCCCAUCGCAUCAUCCACUCCCCGAAAGGGGCUCUCCGUCCUCGGCAUCAUCCCCGGCCCCCAGGUGAAGCGAACUCAGGGCAACGCAUCUGAGAAUGCGGACCCUUCCGGAAACGUUGUCGAAAUGCGGCAAACCAACGUGUCAGCGAGGGCUUUUAGUCAGCAACCGGCCGAAGACAACAUCUACCCAACACCGGACUGCAAGUUCUCCUACGUCCCUGUUGUGGAUUGCCCGUACCGGAAGCGACACCCUUCCCCCGACAAGCGCGACCUCGAUGUUCUCGUGAGCGAGUUGUGCUCCAAGUUCCCCGAACUCCUUUAAGGACAGCCGGCCAGCAACAGCAAGACGAGCGAGCAUGCGCCGAGUGCCGCUGAGGCAGCAGAUGCGCCGGGCGGACCCUGAUGAAACACAUUCACACUCCGACACU